CCAACUCUUAAGUGGCCUGCCCUGGUAAUAGGAUGCCUGGGCUAAUCCUUUUUUGUGAAACCCUCCCCUGCAAUUUUCUAGAGCUCUAUUCUCAGCAGCUGAAAAAGGGGAAAGAGGUUGCAGUUGCAGUUUGCAAAGCAUGAUUCAGCUACUCUUCCCCCUGAUAUUCGCCGAGAUGGCGCUGAUCGUGAUCUUCGUCUUCAAAACUCCUCUUCGGAAGCUGGUGAUCUUGGGCCUGGACCGCCUCAAACGCGGCCGAGGACCUAUCGUUGUUAAGACCAUCGCCGGAACCAUCACGGUGGUCAUGCUCUCCAGUGUCUACAAUGUGGUUUCGAUUCGCAAUCGGUGGAUCGAGGAUGAAGGCGGCGAUAUAACCCCCACCGAUCAGAUCCUACUGGCUCAACAUCUCCUCGAAGCUUCUCUCAUGGGGUUCUCUCUCUUCCUAGCUCUAAUGAUCGACAGGCUACACUAUUACAUCAGAGAGCUUCGCAUGAGACGGAAGGCCAUGGAAGCAUUGAAAAAGGAGAGCCGAGCAUUUGAGGAAGACAAGAGGGGAAUUGCAUCGGACGAGAUCAGAUCCAUGGAGGAGCAGGCCAGUUCACUGCGACGAAGAAUGAAGGAGCUGGAAGUGGAGCUGGAGGAGAACAGGAAAGAAGUGGUCAGCUCUGAAGCCAACUCCAUUGCUUUGAAGAAGCAAGCAGACGGGUUUCAUCUUGAGUACGAUCGGUUGCUUGAAGAGAACCAAAAUCUAAGAGAACAAUUGCAGUCGCUGGACAGGAAGCUGUCGCAUUCCGAUGUCAAGAAGGAUUCCUGAGAAAUCAGGAUUCUUGUUAUGGUAUAUACUAUUUUACCCUGGGAUUUUCAGGAAGUUCACAUUUGUGUGUAUGGUCAUUGCACAUUUCUGUUAACUGCUUUCUGUAUACAGAUCCUGAAGCUCUUAACAGAAUUUCUCUUUAGGAAAAAUAGGUUGUAGGGAUGCCGAUCCAACACGAAUUUGACCUUAACCAACUUGCCCUAACCAUAAAAUACUCAGGGAUUC